AUGCGGGCACCUUCGGAGCAGCAGGUUUCACAUGCUCAAGCUCAAGAAGUUAGAUCAAUGACAAGCUUCUUGGCAGCAGACGAACUUCCACGAGCAGCAGAAAAAGUCAUUGACUUCUUCUCAAAUGAAGGCUCACAAGCAGUUUCGAAGAAAUCCAAAGACAAGGCAAACCCUGACCUUGAAAAAGACAAGGCAAACCCUGGCCCUAAAGAAGACAAGGCAAACCCUGGCCAUGAAGAAGACAAGGCAAACCCUGACCAUGAAGAAGACAAGGCAAACCUUGGCCCUGAAAAAGACAAGGCAAACCCUGACCCUAAAAAAGACAAGGCAACCCUCUUUGAAGACAAGGCAAUCCCUGACCUUGAAGAAGACAAGGCAAACCCUGGCCCUGAAGAAGAUAAGGCAAACCCUGGCCCUAAAGAAGACAAGGCAAACCCUAGCCUUGGCCCUGAAGAAGACAAGGCAAACCCUGACCCUGGCUCUGAAGAAGACAAGGCAAACCCUGACCCUGAAGAAGACAAGGAAAACCCUAGCCUUAAAGAAGACAAGGCAAACCCUGACACCGAAUAA